UCUAUCCGGUCUUUCGGUUUUCGGCUCGGAGGAGGCCUAGGUGCAACUUUCUUCGGUCGUCCCGAAUCCGGGUUCAUCCGACACCAGACGCCUCCACCAUGCCGCCAAAGUUCGACCCCAACGAGAUCAAAGUCGUGUACCUGAGAUGCACCGGCGGGGAGGUCGGCGCCACUUCUGCCCUGGCCCCCAAGAUCGGGCCGCUCGGUCUGUCUCCAAAAAAAGUUGGUGAUGAUAUUGCCAAGGCUACUGGUGAUUGGAAGGGUCUGAGGAUCACAGUAAAACUCACAAUCCAGAACAGACAGGCCCAGAUUGAGGUGGUGCCCUCUGCUUCAGCCCUCAUCAUUAAAGCCCUCAAGGAACCACCAAGAGACAGAAAGAAGCAGAAAAAUAUUAAGCACAGUGGAAACAUCACUUUUGAUGAAAUUGUCAACAUUGCCCGACAAAUGAGGCACCGGUCUUUAGCUAGAGAACUCUCUGGAACGAUCAAAGAAAUCCUGGGGACUGCUCAAUCUGUGGGUUGCAAUGUUGAUGGCCGCCAUCCUCAUGACAUCAUAGAUGACAUCAACAGUGGUGCUGUGGAAUGCCCAGCUAGUUAAGAAUUUAAAAAGGAAGAUGCUUCAAUAAAGGAUUACUUAAAAUUC